UCCGUGCGCCUCAGGGCGGCCACACAUCGGGCUGUCUCGACUCCUCAACAGCCUCCGUUUCUUUAUCUCCUCUCAUCUAACGGAUCGACCCCAGCUGAUGUCUGCCUGCUCUCCCACCACCUCCGGUAUCAUCCUUGUCUUACACACAUGCAUCCAGACAAGGGGGUGCAUUGCUUGAUGUGGACUUUUUUUUCGCUAGGAGAACUCUGGGUUUUGUCUUUAUCUUUUCAUCGGAUCUUUUGUGUGCAGACGGCGAGGCUGACGUGAUACUCCGCAGCAGCAGAUGUGCCGGCCUGAGUGACGCAACUAUUGGUGGGAUGCUGACCACCCCCCACCCCCCACCCCCCCAAUCCAAGCGUAUAGGCAACAGGAAGCAGAUUUGCAAAGGGAUUAAAACACACGAUGCUGCACCAUCAUUGGUUGUCUAUGGACACCACUAGAAGACACUGUAUACAUUUUUGCCGUCAUGGAUGAAGAGGACGACAACAUCAUUGAGUCUUACAAGUUGCCUGACUCCGCCCACUUCCUCCUCCUGACCUCCCUGUAUGGACAAAGAAGAAACAUGUCUGCAUGCGUUUACAUCCACCAUCAAGACGACAUCUAAUCCAAAGUACCUCAAAACCACGCAGCAGCCAUGGCCAGACAAGACACCUCACACUUCCCCCAUGGCUUUGACCUCAGCGCCCACUUUGUUGACCUGCGGCCCCUCGGCGCUGGCGGCACAGGUCUGGUCCUGUCGGCAGUGGACCAGCGUACGGGACGACGCGUGGCCAUUAAGAAGCUGCUGAUGCGGGACGCUGUGACGGUGAAGCACGCGCUGAGGGAGGUCAAAAUCGCCCGCCGGCUGCACCAUGAGAAUGUAGUCCAGGUCCACGAGGUUUUGGCACCCUACGGAAGCCCCCCGGCGAAAGAUCCGGCCCAGCUGGGAGCUCUGUAUGUGAUCCAGGAGUGCAUGGAGAUGGAUUUGGCCAGACUGCUGGAGCAAGGAGCUCUAUCUACAGGCCACGCUACUCUCCUUUUCUACCAGCUGCUGAGGGGACUCAAGUUCAUCCACUCGGCUAACGUGCUGCACCGAGACCUGAAACCUGCCAACAUUUUCAUCAACACCGACCAACUGCUGCUCAAGAUCGGAGACUUCGGCCUAGCCAGGAUUGUCGACCCUCACUAUUCUCACAAGGGCUAUCUGUCCGAAGGUCUGGUCACUAAGUGGUACUGUUCUCCUCGCCUGCUGCUGUCCCCCAACAACUACACAAAGGCUAUAGACAUGUGGGCCGCAGGUUGCAUCCUGUCAGAAAUGCUGACUGGACGCAUGCUCUUUGCAGGAGCUCAUGAGUUGGAGCAAAUGCAGCUAAUCCUUGACACGGUGCCAGUGAUCAGAGACGAGGACAGGCAGGACCUGCUCCAGGUGAUGCCUUCGUGUAUUAAUCGUGGGUGGAAGGUCAAGAAGCCCAUCUCUCAGCUGGUACCUGAGGUGGAUGCUGAAGCUGUAGACUUCCUGGAGCAAAUCCUGACCUUUAACCCCAUGGAUCGCCUUACGGCUGAGGCGGCACUGUCCCAACCGUUUCUGCGUCUGUAUUCCUGUCCAGAUGACGAGCCCACCUCGUUGCACCCCUUCCACAUCGAGGAUGAGCUGGAGGACUGCCUCAUCAUGGAGCAAGGCCUCAGCAACAGCCUCAGUCGGACCUCCAGCAUCCACUGGGACUGCUUAUCAGCGGAUGUGUACUGGCGGCAGUCCGAUGGGAGGUGUCACUGCAUGCCUUCUGGUCACAUGACCUCUGAUGUGGAAGACACCACAGAAGAAGAUGAGGUCCAGAGGGACCCAAGAGCCAGCAGCGUCUCACUUUCAGAGGAGGCCCAGGUGGACCCACGUAAAUAUUCCCACAGCAGUUCCGCUGAACGCUUCCUGGAACACUCCCACUCCUCCCUGGACCGCGCAUGUGGUCUGGGCUUCGGGGACUUGGACUGCGGCCGUUCGUGCGACUACAAAGUGGGCUCGCCGUCCUAUCUGGACCGGAUCGCUUGGCGGGAGGGCAAGCCUCAGCACUACUCGGAACCAAGGCUCAUUCUGGAUCUUUCUCACUGGAAGCGCAACGCCACCAGCAACCCGCCGGUGUCCAUCCAGCCCAUAGGUGGCAGUGUGGAGGACAUGAGGGAAGUUGCGGGAACGGAAACGGGGGAUUUGUUUCAGGAGAUCUCCCGUUGGGUGGAGAGCACACAGUCUCGUCAGUACUCACCGAGUCCAUCUUUGGAGCCACAAUCGCCGCCUCUCCCUCUCUCCCCUGCUGACCUCCAGAACCCAGUCUUCCAAUACUCAGAGCUCGGACCAUGUGACUACGACGAGGACCGACUCAGCCCCUUUCCACCUGUCACUCCUCCAUCUCUCCGCUCACUCCUCCCAUCCACUCCCACCUCUCCUCCACCUCCUCAGUCGCCUCACAGCGAGUCUCCUGCUUCCUCUCCUCUUUUUCCUCCUUCCCAACCUGAACCUCUCUCCUCCUCCUCGUCCUCCGUGGCUGAAUCCCGAGCGUCGCCUCUUGUCAAGCAGAAGGAGCGUCUGUUCGACCUUGAUGUGUUUAUCUCUCGCGCUUUGAAACUGUGCCGGCAGAAUAAGGAGAGAGGAGACGGGAAAGGGCGCAGGGAAGGAGGAUGGAGGGAGGAGAGCACAAAUGGAAGGGUCGCAAGACCCACUGAGCAUAGGACGCCGCCACCACAGACCUAAAGUCCUCUAAGUACACAAAAAGGGUGCUUACAUAUUGAUUCUCAAAUAGUUUUAAGGCUAAUUGUAUAAAACUUACCAACCAUAAUAUGGUUUUAAAUUAUUCUUUUUUACGAUUGCCUUUAUACUGCAGAUACAUAUCGGAAAUUUGCAUAAAUGCUCUUUAUUCUCAGGAGCAAAAAGGUCCCAUUGACUCCCAGUGUACCACAUUUAUUUGAUAUUCAGUAGUACCUCAACUUAUGAGCUUAAUCGGUUCUGUUAACUCAAAACACUUGUGUGACAGACGCUUGCCGUCGUGCGGGUUCCAAGGACCAUCAAGGAAGGACAUUCUGCGAGCAGGUUUAGACUUCUUUAUUUUUUGACAAGAAAGUCUCUUACGGGUUGCUUGUCAGCCUGGCCGUUCGUCUGCUCACCUCUCCUCCGCUCCAGCUUUGCAGCCGUGCGAGUCUUCGUCUCCCUUGCGCUCUGUCUCUUUCGCUCAGCAUCAGCUUCCUGUUGGCUCUAGUUUCUCUUUCCGUCUCUCUCCCUGACGUUUACGUCUGCCGCCCUUUUAUACGGUGCGAGAGGAAAAAUUACAUUGUGUCCAGCUGCGCGAUCCAAGCACCUUAUAAUGAUUGCGGCGUCUCUACCGGCGCGCCUCGCCUCGCUGCUCGCUCGCCGUCCACGCCUCCUCGCCGCCAUCUUGGUGUGCCCUGCCUCGCCGUCGGACUGCCGGCAACGCCUCUCCACAAAUUGUAUCUCAAAUCAACACCAUCCAUUAAAAUGAUUUAAUAUCAAUUUUAAUUAGUGCUUGGUCCCCACAAAGCAGCACCAUUUUAACAUGUAACAUGACUAUUGAAAAGAAAACACCCUUUUAGAUCAUUAAUAUUGCGUAAAAACCAAACAAUAGAAUGUAGUACAAACAACUACAGUAGUUUUAUGAAGUCCUGUAAUAAUAAUGCACAGCAUUUACCUUAGUAUCAGCAGCUUUUACAUAGUUUCAUGGGUAAAUGUCCACUGUAUGGAUGUUUUUUCAACAUCCUUAGCUGGCAUUAUCGAUUCAUGCUGCUUCAUUAUGGUGCAGACUAGCGGUGCUACAUUCGUAUUGCUUCACAAGCACGUGCCGUCAUGUUUUUGAUUUUUUUGUUUUUGUUUAAUUCGAUGAAUAUCAACCAUUUCUUCUCAGCACUGUCUUUUGGGCCGAUCUUAAGGUGUUCAAUUUAACAUUUGCAACGCCAACGAGAGGCGGGGAUGCUUGUAACUCAAAUUUUUGCUUACAACUUCAAGCAUAACGACAGGUGCUUAUCUCAAAACACUCUUAAAUUGAGGUACCACUGUAUUACAAUCCGGACACACUAAAAUGAUUUCCCAGUGAAUACACAA